CCCACUGCAGCCCCGGGCUCCGAGCACGGCCCACUGCGCGACCGUGAGAGAAAGUUUAAAGGCGGGCGGUUUCCUGCCCGGCGGCCCCGCGCGGGGUGGUGGCGGGGGGACGUCGGUCUGUCGGUCCGCGCUCACGGACGCGGGUGACGGCCGCUGUCCUGGCGCGCGUGGACCCGCGGCUCUGGCCCCACCCUGCCACGGGCAGGCGAAGAAAGAUUGCACUCGAGCCCGUUCCAAGUGCACAGAAACCAAAAUAGAUGUUGAAUUUGCCUGUUAGACCCUUAGAAGUCUUGGGUUGGACAACGGUUGUGGAAACCACCAGAUAGUUCUGUUUUCCUUCACUAUCUUGAGGUUAAAAGGUAAACCAUGACUGAAUCUGCCUCUAGCACAAGUGGUCAAGAGUUCGAUGUAUUUAGUGUUAUGGACUGGAAGGAUGGAGUGGGUACAUUACCAGGAAGUGACUUAAAGUUUCGGGUAAAUGAGUUUGGAGCACUGGAAGUUAUCACAGAUGAGAGUGAAAUGGAAAGUGUUAAAAAAGCAACUGCUACGACCACUUGGAUGGUGCCAACUGCUCAAGAAGCCCCGACCUCUCCCCCGAGCUCCAGGCCCGUAUUUCCACCUGCCUACUGGACAUCUCCACCUGGAUGUCCCACAGUCUUUUCAGAGAAGUCUGGGGUACCUUUCAGGUUGAAGGAUCCAGUGAAAGUAGAAGGGCUUCAAUUAUGUGAAAACUGUUGUCAAUAUGGCAACGUAGAUGAAUGUUUGUCUGGAGGAAACUAUUGCAGCCAAAAUUGUGCUCGGCAUAUCAAAGACAAGUAUUGUUUCCUGUCACUAUUUUGGGGUUAUAAACACAACAGAGAUCCAAAAGAAGAAAGGGACAUAGGAGAAGACAACGAGGAGGAAGAUCCUAAGUGUAGUCGGAAGAAAAAACCAAAAUUGUCUCUGAAGGCUGAUACCAAGGAGGAUGGAGAAGACAGAGAUGAUGAAAUGGAGAACAAACAAGAUGGAAGAAUCCUGAGGGGUUCUCAGCGGGCCCGCAGGAAAAGACGAGGCGACCCGGCUGUCCUGAAGCAGGGUUUGCCUCCUAAAGGAAAGAAAGCCUGGUGCUGGGCGUCCUACCUGGAGGAGGAGAAAGCUGUGGCAGUGCCAGCGAAGCUAUUCAAGGAGUAUCAGUCAUUCCCAUAUAACAAGAAUGGCUUCAAGGUCGGCAUGAAGUUGGAGGGUGUGGAUCCAGAGCACCAGUCCGUGUACUGUGUCCUCACUGUGGCUGAGGUUUGUGGGUACCGGAUAAAGCUUCACUUUGAUGGCUACUCUGACUGUUAUGACUUCUGGGUAAAUGCAGAUGCUCUAGAUCUCCACCCGGUUGGCUGGUGUGAGAAAACUGGCCAUAAACUCCAUCCUCCAAAAGGAUAUAAAGAAGAAGAAUUUAACUGGCAAACCUAUCUUAAGACAUGUAAAGCUCAAGCUGCACCCAAGUCCUUAUUUGAAAAUCAGAAUAUAACAGUGAUCCCGUCAGGCUUCCGGGUUGGAAUGAAGCUUGAAGCUGUAGACAAAAAGAAUCCUGCGUUCAUUUGCGUUGCCACGGUAACAGAUAUGGUGGACAACCGUUUCCUGGUACAUUUUGACAACUGGGAUGAGAGCUAUGACUACUGGUGUGAAGCGUCCAGUCCACACAUUCAUCCAGUUGGUUGGUGCAAAGAACACAGACGAACCCUCAUUACUCCCCCAGGUUAUCCAAAUGUAAAACAUUUUUCUUGGGAUAAGUAUUUAGAAGAAACCAAUUCUUUACCUGCUCCUGCAAGAGCUUUCAAAGUGAAACCUCCGCAUGGAUUCCAGAAAAAAAUGAAACUUGAGGUUGUAGACAAAAGAAACCCCAUGUUUGUUAGAGUAGCGACUGUGGCAGACACCGAUGAUCACCGGAUAAAAGUUCACUUUGAUGGCUGGAAUAGUUGCUAUGACUACUGGAUAGAUGCAGACUCUCCCGAUAUCCACCCUGUUGGCUGGUGUUCAAAAACUGGACAUCCUCUUCAGCCUCCUCUAAGCCCCUUAGAAUUAAUGGAAGCUUCCGAACAUGGUGGAUGCUCCACUCCAGGAUGUAAGGGGGUUGGCCAUUUUAAGAGAGCGAGGCACCUGGGUCCUCACAGUGCUGCCAACUGUCCUUAUUCAGAAAUCAAUUUGAAUAAAGACCGUAUUUUCCCAGACCGUUUAAGUGGUGAGAUGCCUCCAGCUAGUCCAUCAUUUCCAAGAAAUAAAAGGACAGACACAAAUGAAAGCUCUUCAUCUCCUGAGAUCAGAGACCAGCAUGCUGAUGAUGUUCAAGAAGACUUUGAAGAAAGAACGGAAACUGACAUGAGGACAUCACAUGAAGCCAGAGGUACCCGUGAGGACUCUGCCGUGCAGCAGGCACAGCGGCGCUCUGCUGUCUUUCUCUCCUUCAAGUCUCCGAUUCCGUGUCUGCCCUUGCGCUGGGAGCAGCAAAGCAAGCUUCUUCCAACAGUCGCUGGGAUUCCUGCCAGCAAGGUUUCCAAAUGGAGCACAGAUGAGGUGUCAGAAUUCAUACAGAGCUUACCUGGGUGUGAGGAGCAUGGGAAGGUAUUUAAAGAUGAACAAAUUGAUGGGGAAGCAUUUCUACUGAUGACCCAGACGGACAUUGUUAAAAUCAUGAGUAUUAAGCUGGGCCCCGCUCUCAAAAUUUUCAAUUCCAUCCUGAUGUUCAAAGCAGCAGAGAAGAAUUCUCACAACGAACUUUGAAGCUGGUGAGUUCGGAGGGCCCUCAGCUUCCCGCUUAGAGCUCAUGUUUCAUUCAAAGCACAAGGACGGUUCUAACUCCUAAGUGAGAGGUCUCCACAACUCCGAAGAGCAGCACUACCGGAUUAUUUAUAUUCCUCAAGAGACAAUGUAUAGGAAUUCUUACGAAAGUGCUUGAGCUUUGAACCCGGUACUGUGGAACAGCAGUCAUCUUUUAGUUCUGUUCACUGAGCUAAAUUUAUCUUUGUAAAUCUUUUUGAGGCCAGGGCGGGUUGGGAACAAGGGGGAUUCAUUAAUUAUUUAUGGAUUAAGGGGAGGGGAGACAGAAUAGAAAUUUUGGCAUUUUGUAAACAUUGUUGAAUUCUCUUUCACGGACAAUGUUUCCUUUUCAGUACUUUCGGAAGCCUUUUUAUAUACUCAAAUAUCAACUUUAAUCGAAUUGGCCAAGACCUGGCUAACAUUAGCCACUGGGACUGUUAUCUGUAUUGUUGCUUUCGUGCCAUAUUUUGAAUUGCAACAUUAUGCGAAGAGUAACUUUUCAAGUCAUGAUACUGCUUAUCCGCUUGUCAUAAUAUUUGUUGGGGCUGAAUAGUUGUAAAAAAUACAAUCAGUGGUUUUACUUUUGCACGCAUUACAAAAUGUUAAAGUACUUCUCACCAGCAUCUUUACUAUAACUACCAAAAACAUGUAUAUAAAAGAAUGAAAUUAAAAAUGAAAUAUAUAAACAUAAUCAGCUAGGUAGCGUAUUGGAGUGGCAUCAGUCACAGGUGGUAUUGGAGGAGUGUGCAGUUGCAUUGGGGAGGCUGUAUAGAGGGGUCUUGAACUAUGUAUGUCAUUUGCAUUGGGUUUUUCUCUGUUAUUGAAGUAACUGUGGUGUUUUACGGAGAUGAAAGCCUCAUUCUGUCACAGAAACACUAACCAGAAAGACCUCUUGUCUGACCUUGUUGCAUCCUCCAAGCCCAAAUGUUUUCUUCAGGGUUGGCUGAAGAGAGUCUGUACAGGUGUUACUGAAGAAGCAAAGUAUGAGGGGCAGCACCGUGAACACGAAAUGCUCGAGGCCCGCAGAGUGGGGAAGUGAUUUCCUGAAGUCAUUAUUCAGGAACCUCCUUUCUGGAAGGCUUCCUUUUUCUGUAGCACCUCAGUGUGUGUGAGCAUACAAAUGCACUUUAAAUGAAACCCUUGAUUGUCUAUCAACCGAUAGCUGGUAGUGUUUCUUUUGCAAGAAUGCAUUUCUAAAGCAAAAGGUAAAUUAUUUUGAAAUUGUUUGGAUGUACUUUCUAAUUCCAGGAUUAGAUGCUUAUCAAGGACUAUUUUAAAAAUAGUGAAGUAAGAUUGUAGCAUGCUGUCUGAAUUCUAGGGAAGUUCCACCUCUUUCCUUAUUUAGCUCCCAGUUUUCCUGGUGUUGGACUUCCCUGGGUGUCCGCAGUUGGAAAUCUGUUAAUAGCUAUUUGCAUUUGUCAUGAUUCAAGGUUGUAAAACAGGGUCGGUGACAUCUGCAGUGUCCCAUUCAUUUCUUUGCAUGAAUCUACUCAAGUUUUCAUUGUUGUUUUUCCUUCUUUUUUAUAUUCAGUUCAGAAUUUGUACAUUCAAGUUGCACAUGUUAUAUCUAAUAUGAAUGAAAUAAAAUCUUAAUUGCAGA